AUGGAGGAGAUAAUCGCCUACAACAUGAAGGCCAAGUCUUACUGCCCAUAUGAUUUGAGCGUUCUCCGUAUGCCCAUUAAUAUAUGCACGGUAAAAGAUUUGCAAGAAGCUUGGCCGGUGCUAAAAUCUGCUUUAGAAGAGUAUGGCAUUUCAUGUGCAUUGGAUUUGGAUCAUUAUUUCAUCACAUUCACGACAACCAAGGCUAAGGACUCAUAUGCUAUUCUCGACUCUAGAUAUCUUAUUCGACUUUUAUCAGCAGGAGUCCCUCCACUUCGGGCAGUAAAAGUACUGAAUGGAAUGCCAUGCUACCUCGUCUACACUGGGUAUAUUUUCGAUGGGCUUUGCAAAAAAUUUGAUAUCAAGCCGCAUGACAUGGUUGCUGUUAUGGGUCCAAUUCGAGGAAUGAAGCUAGUCAGGAAGAUUGUGGAAGACUGCAUUGUUCAUAAUAUGCCUCCGGUACCUCGUGUAAGGAGGCUUGCAAAUUACAUUCAAGCAAUUAAAGGUGUUGAGCGUUGA